CAGCUUUAUCAAUCCAUGGGUGGUCUUAUCUUUCUAUCUAUCUUUCUAUCUAUUGUUCCAUGGAUCCAUCCACCCACAUCAACCUCCAUCAACCUCGAAAGUAUGCUCUUGGGCAGUCUAGAGUGGGAGCGGGGCGUUAUCAGAGCCCAACACAAGAUACAUGGGGAGGGCAAGGAGCUCUAAAGAUAGAAUCGAGGUCUCAUGUACAUGCUGCGGCUGAGUGGAUGCGCCUGGCAUCUGCUGACCCACUCCCGAAGUCGAUGUGCCAACAGUUGGUGUGCAACAGACAUCAGCGCUUCGCGUUCUGAUCAUUCCGGCUUACGUUUGUUCUUUGUGCCACUGCCUCGUUCCAUGUCACAUGACAGGGUGGAACUUUCGAGAAGUUUUCAGGCUCCCAAAAGUGAGAUCUGUGUUGUAAAUCAUUAGGUAAGGCCACCUCCAAAAGUACCUUUCCAACUCGGAAUGGGGCAAUUCGCCGAUGAGGAUGCACACGUUUGAGUUUGCGCAGCAAGUGCUGGGAUUCAAAAGUGAAUCUAGCAGUCCGUGGAAGGCCAGGGCAAAGAUAUUUGUGUAAUAUUAAUGUUCUCCGUCGAGACGGAUUUUUCAGAUCCCCCUCCUUUCUUUCUUUCUAAGGCGACGAAGGAAACGAAGACGGUGUACUCUUUCGUUGCACUCGGCAGGAUGAUCACUCUAGCUAGCUAGGACAGGACGAUCUAUCUAUCUAGGCGAAGGGUCCCUUCGUUCCUCAGCAUCGCAGUCUCUUGCGAGCGAUGCGGAUGGUGCCAAGAAAAAGCAGCAGCAGCGGAACAUGUCUGUGGGCUCGGACCAAUCAUGACUCUUCUCUUGCAGAGCGAAGGAAAAGGUCUCCUUUUGCAGCAAGGGUGGGGGAGGGGCGGGGCUGGGCUGGGCUGGCGUGGCUUGGGAUGAAAGGGCUGCGGGAGGCGGUGCGAGGAGUAGGGCGAGCCGAGCCAAUGGGGGAUGGGGUUGUGGACAACUGGAUUCGAGGUCUACACGGAGGCGAGCAGCGAAACUAGAGACCGUGUCAGCUGGUGCGCUGAAAAACAUGCCUUAAGUUCUUUUGCUUCUUCACGAACAGAAGAACAUCCUCAUCGAAAUGAGGGAAAGGCUAGAGCGCAGGAGAAUUUAGGUAACAUGGUUGCUGAUUUUUUAUACCUUCUCGUAGCAGGCAUGAUGUCUGCAUCCUUCAGCAAAGUUGUUCCGUGUAAAUGGUUUUGCAUCUCUUGCGUAAUUGCUCUUCCCUUUUGCUCUGGCUGCGAUUGCCUUUUCGAGCCUCGGGCAGAAGUCACCGACAUCAGCUUUCACCCCCACCAUAAUUGGGACUCAAGUUAUGUGUCAACCCCCUUGUUCUAUGUCGGCAGGCAAGAGCUGGGUGCCCGCCCGAGACCCAACACACAGCAAACCUUUCGCCUCCAUGGAACACACCCCUCUAGGAAUCAUCUUCUUCCAUGAUACUUUGUGCAGUCUUCGACAGUGGACUGAACGUAUUACUUGGACUGACGCACGGUGCACCGACUGAGGGUUGAGCUAGUGUAGUAACAUUGGUUCCUCAACGCAGUUUUCAGAAAUUUCACAUACCCAUUUAUGACUAGACGCAUAUGAGAGUUUGUCAAGGUCAUGUGGCGCGAAUUAUAGCCGACACAAGGAAAAACAACCUGGCGAAUGAACUGUGCGUUGUGUAUGAGCCAUCAGAGUAGAUCAACCGUUUCCUUGACUUUGAACAUUGCAUAUGGCUUCUUCGG